CCGAUUCGGGUCCGUGUGUCGCUGGCGCGUCCUCCGCCUGUCGCGACAUCAGGGCGGCGAUAAUGGUGGACUACCACAGCGCGGGGCAGCCCCACCCGUACGGCGGGAACGGGCCAGGCCCCAACGGCGACUACAUGGCCCAGGAGGACGAUUGGGAUCGGGAUCUGCUCCUGGACCCCGCCUGGGAGAAACAGCAGCGCAAGACGUUCACGGCCUGGUGCAAUUCCCACCUGCGCAAGGCGGGCACGCAGAUCGAGAACAUCGACGAGGAUUUCCGGGAUGGGCUCAAGCUGAUGCUGCUGCUCGAGGUCAUCUCAGGGGAGCGGCUGCCGAAGCCAGAGCGGGGCAAGAUGAGGGUGCACAAGAUCAACAACGUCAACAAAGCCCUGGACUUCAUCGCCAGCAAGGGCGUCAAGCUCGUCUCCAUCGGUGCUGAGGAGAUCGUGGACGGGAACGCCAAGAUGACUCUGGGCAUGAUCUGGACGAUCAUCCUGCUUUCCCCCAGCUGGAAGGACGGGCUGGCCUUCAACGCCCUCAUCCACCGGCACCGCCCGGAGCUGAUCGAGUACGACAAACUCCGCAAGGAUGAUCCCGUCACCAACCUCAACAACGCCUUCGAGGUGGCUGAGAAGUACCUGGACAUUCCCAAGAUGUUGGAUGCCGAGGACAUUGUGAACACGGCUCGCCCAGACGAGAAGGCCAUCAUGACCUACGUCUCCAGUUUCUACCACGCCUUCUCCGGGGCCCAGAAGGUACCGGGAGCCUUUGUCCCUGUGCUCUCUCCCUGCCCUGGUGCCUCAGACAUCGUGGGCACGCUGAGGCCCGACGAGAAGGCCAUCAUGACCUACGUGUCCUGCUUCUACCACGCCUUCUCCGGGGCCCAGAAGGCAGAGACAGCAGCCAAUCGAAUCUGCAAAGUGCUGGCCGUGAACCAGGAGAACGAGCAGCUCAUGGAGGACUACGAGCGCCUGGCCUCGGAUCUCUUGGCGUGGAUCCAGCGCACCAUCCCGUGGCUGGAGUCCCGGGAUCCCCAGAAGACCAUCCCGGCCAUGCAGCAGAAGCUGGAGGAUUUCCGGGAGUACCGGCGGGUGCACAAACCGCCCAAGGUGCAGGAGAAAUGUCAGCUGGAGAUCAACUUCAACACCCUGCAGACCAAACUGCGCCUCAGCGGAACCCCCAGGAACCCCUGGCCUGUCCCCCCCCAGGGCCUGAUCACCGCCCAUGACCAGUUCAAGUCGACGCUGCCGGACGCCGACAAGGAGCGGGAGGCGAUCCUGGGGAUCCAGAGGGAGGCUCAGAGGAUCGCUGAGCUGCACGGCAUCCAAGGGCCAGGGAGCAACCCCUACACGUCUGUCACCCCCCAGAUCAUCAACUCCAAGUGGGAGCGGGUGCAGCAGCUGGUGCCCAAGCGGGACCAGGCACUGCAGGAGGAGCAGAACCGGCAGAAUUCCAACGAGCACCUGCGGAGGCAGUUCGGGAGCCAGGCCAACAGGGUGGGGCCCUGGAUCCAGACCAAGAUGGAGGAGAUCGGCCGGAUCUCCAUCGAGAUGAACGGGACCCUGGAGGAUCAGCUCAACCACCUGAAGGAGUACGAGGAGAACAUCGUGGAGUACAAACCCAACCUGGAGCUGCUGGAGCAGCAGCACCAGCUGGUGCAGGAGGCCCUGAUCUUCGACAACCAACAUUCCAACUACACCAUGGAGCACCUGCGUGUGGGCUGGGAGCAGCUGCUCACGACCAUCGCCCGCACCAUCAACGAGGUGGAGAACCAGAUCCUGACCCGCGACGCCAAAGGCAUCAGCCAGGAGCAGAUGCAGGAAUUCCGGGCCUCCUUCAACCACUUCGACAAGGACCACGGCGGUGCCCUGGGCCCGGAGGAGUUCAAGGCCUGUUUGAUCAGUCUGGGCUACGACAACUACAUCACGGCGGCCGAGCUGCGGCGGGAGCUGCCGGCGGCGCAGGCCGAGUACUGCAUCGCCCGCAUGGCUCCGUACGCGGGCGCCGACGCCGUGCCCGGAGCCCUGGACUACAAAUCCUUCUCCACGGCCCUGUACGGCGAGAGCGACCUGUGAGCGCCGCCGCCGGCCCUGCUCCUGCACUAUGCAACACUCGCCUGGUUUGGGAUGGCUCGGC